AGCCCCUUUUUAGUUUGCAACCAUUUUAUGAACCAUUUUGUGUCCCACACAACGCACUCUUCUUCCCGCCACAGGAUGAUUACGUGAAGUUGUCAUUAGAAAAAUUAGAAGUAAACAUUAGCCAGCUGAUUGGGGUGGUUUGUUUUUAUCAAAUUUGUUCGGUUUUUCAAACAACAACAGCUCUGUUACUAGUUCUGAAGUGGUUGAAGUGAUAUUCCCUUAAUUAAAUUUGCAAUACUAAAAUCAAUUUCUACUAGAUUUACGAUACCAAACAUCUUGCAUCUUCGGGUGCAAGGUGCAGGCAAUGAACUGCGUUAUACUGAACGCAAUCCGCAAUGCUCAGCUAAGAAAUGUAGCUUAUCGCUUUUGCUCAUCUAGUACAAAUGGCCCCGACCGGACAGCAGAUGAUAGUGUGCCAGAGCUACCUCCCGAACCGACAACUUGCUGCAUGUCCGGCUGCCAGAACUGCGUGUGGAUUCAGUACGCGGCGGACCUUACCAAAAUACUAGACGAUGGCGGCGAAAAGGCACGUGAAAUUGUGCUGGAAAAGAUAUCCGACCCGAGCUUGAAGAUGUUUUUGAAAAUGGAACUGCAAAAUAUGCCACCGUCGAAGAACGAUCCCGCGUGAAACGACCUGCAGGAUUGCAGCAACAAGGAUAGAUUAAGGGUUCGUAAAGCGUAAUUUCAGACAUUAACGUUUAGGUAGGAAUCUAUUUUAAUUCAAAACUUAAAAUAAACUUGUGAUAUCAAAGAGGAAAGCGGAAAACAGUUUUAUCUUUCUUUCUUGCAUGAUGAACCAAAGAUGAGAAGCCGUUACACAAAUCACUUCCCCCAACAACACACAGACCCUGCAACAAAACGAAUAAACCUCUACCAUUUUAGACAACACACAACCACACAAACACAAACUCACAUACACACUUACUCUUAACGACAAAAGUUACUUCAUAUGUAUAUAUUUUAACUGCAUGUUUGUUGGUCAAAUUCAACAGUGCUUCCGCGAGACACGCAUCGCACACAAAUACUUCACAGAAAGUAAAGUGUAUAUUGUAUUUUUGUUCUCAAUUUUUUGUUGUCACUCUUAUAGUUGGUGGUUUGAUUAGAAAAUUAAAUUUUAGCUUCGUUUCAUGGACACUUUUGUUUCGCCAAUAAGAAAUCUAUCUCCUUCAACAGCUUCAAUUUGCUUCGAGGUUCUGUUUCUAUCUUAAUGAGCACGCCUUUUUAUGAAUUCAUUCGCGUGCGUGUGUUUGCGAAUAUUCAAACGUAAAAAUUAAACUUCAUUUUGCUUCGCUUUCCAAUUCGUUCGAGUAAAGGUGUUUUGUUUUUGAUUACCUUAAAUGCUACAUCGAGUGUUUCUUCCUUUCCAAAACAAAAAAAAAAUAGCGAACAUCAAAUACACGCACACACUCGGGAAUAUUCGAAGAUCGGAAAGAAAGAAUGAGAAAAUGGACAGAAUGGAUGAGGCUUGCAAAAGGAUGUUUCUCCUUUUAGCCAAUACACAAAACAAAACAAAAAAAAAAGAUUAAGCCGAAUGGAUAAAUAUACUCCUUUACAGUAAAUAGUAGCAUAAAUAGCGAAAAAGCCCUGCUCUCUUCUGUGAUGGUAUGUCCUGGCUGCACACUAGAACGGAACAGAAGACAGCGCAAUGCAAAACGACAAGCAACGUGUACACUCAUAGUAGGCGUAGCAGUUGACCGGUUGAAUAUUAGCGAGCACGUGGUUUGUUGCGCACUCGUCCAGUUGCGUACACUUCCGAACGAUCUGAAGGCUGAUCCUCCUCCUCUCUCUCACCGUAGACAAAUGGUGUAUGUGUUGAUGUAGAUAAUGCAACGAUUUCGGCGGUCGGCACUUGUGGUGUUGUACGUUUUGUUCUGUUUUUUUUUCUCUGCUCACGCGCACAGCUGCGGAUUUGUCCUUUCGGCGUGAAUUGUUGCGCAUUUUCCGGCGUAUCAUACAGCUUCGUUUAGGAUGUUGCAGAUUGUUGCGUAUUGUACAUUUUUUCCCCGCCAACAUUCCACACAACGAACACGAAAUAAUGCAUACACACACAUAGACACAACCACACAUAACAACAAAAAUCUGCCCGCGCUUUAGCGCUCUCUCCCUCUCUUCCUGGUGUGCCUCCCAAAGCGUAUCCUUUUUAUGCGCUAUAACUACUAUUUUUGUGUAAGUUUCGUCUCUCUCUCUCUCUCUCUCUCUCUCUCUCUCUCUCUCUCUCUCUCUCUCUUGUUUUUCUUCUUUUUCGCCCACUCCUAACUGGCAAACAUUCAAACCCGUGGACGACGACGCUGACGACGCUGACGGCGACGACGACACCACCCACCGAACUACUAAAAAGCGUAUAGUAGCGCACACUUUUUAGCUGUAUCUGUUUUUGGGGUAAACAAAAAGAAGAAAAACGUGGACAAGAGCACAGGACAUAAAUAAAAAAGCACAGAAUAAUGCAUUAGAUGAGAUGUUUUCCGCACGUGGCGACGUUGGGUGGGUGAGAAAGUAGCGUAAGUAGUAGUAAACGGGAGGGUUUUAGUAUUCGGUGUUCGUUGUUAGCAUGAUUUGGUUUAGUUUAUGGGUAGGAUAUACACUGUUAGUACGUCGCUGAGGAGGAGAUGAACAAAUGGUUCUCUUGCCUUCGUUCUUUUCCUACAUCGCUUUGGUUUUGUGGGGUUUUUUUUUUUUUUUUUGGAAGGA